CGAAAAGAGCAUGUCAAGCCAUACCCGCCAGCGGAUAGAGGAAGAAGCUGGUUCAAGUACUUCCAAUAUGAUGAGGGUCGGGACUCACCGAGUGAGGCUCGGAACGUCCUUCUGGUAAUCGCGACUCUCAUCGCGGCCGUGACCUUCCAGGCUGGGGUCAACCCUCCCGGCGGUGUGUGGCAGGACAAUGGCAAAGGGCACAAGGCAGGGCAGGCGAUCUAUGCAUCACAGGAAAGAGCCUUUUACGUGUUCCUCGUAUCCAAUACACUCGCCCUCUCCACGUCGAUCCUCGUCAUUGUCUCCUUGACCUAUCGGUUCCCUUUCCAUUUCGAGGUGUGGGUGGCCACGGCCUCGAUGAUCGUGACCUAUGCUUCUGCCAUCUUCGCGGUCACGCCGAACGAGUUAGUGAGGUUGCGCUAUAUCUUGGUCGCUGCAGGAGUGCCCUUCGCCGUCCGGACUUUAAUUCAGAUAUGUAAGAAGCUUAGGAAUCGUUAGACUACGCAAGUGUCUAUCCUGCCUUUUUGUCCAUCAAGUUUCAAGUAAUAUUUAAUUAUAUUGUUAGUUAUUCUAAUAAAACUCCUCUAUAACGAUUUUUAGAAUUUUCUCCUUGAAGUCAGUAAUUACUACCUGGAGCAAUUGAGAAACAUAAUUAUGAGAUAAGUACAAUUACAAUACAUAUUACUGUGAUUAUUUUAUAUCUGAAAAGUCUUGACAACACUAGAAAAAGUAAAUGGA